GACCUGCUUGGCGUGCAUACACACCACUGAAUUUGAGUCUGAUUACCCUGAAUACACGGGAAAUAUUACAGAAAACACCACAGUGGACACAACAGGAGAGUAUUCUAUAGUCCUAAAAGUCCUAUAGCCUACUGGUACCCGUACUCUAUACUCUAUAUUUUUCUUCUUCUACCCUAUCUACCAUCUCCUACUAACAAGGAAGGCGGGGCCGUCUCACGCUCGGUCAUCUUCCUGGUUUGACUUCGCACCCUGCGCAUAACUUGGACACCGUAUGAACACCUUUAUUACUCAUGCCUUAUCCUCCCAAAAACCCUGUCCCCCGUAUCUUUCUUUCACCCCGCUCCGCUCCUCCUCACUCUUUGCCACACAGGUGUACUGGCGCCAAGGGCAAGGCAGGAGGCAAAAACGAACUCCGUAACGAGCGGCACUUACUAAGGAAUUUGCUAAGAUCUUAUCAGAUGUCGAAUUUAUGAAUCUAGCGCCGACGAUGUCUACUGUGCCACCAACCCAGACGACACCCGACUCGGCGCCAACAAAACCCGAGCAUGUGAAUCGCGCCUGUGAGCCGUGUCGGCUCCUCAAAGUGCGCUGCCUGCCCUCUCCCGACCCUGCUACCAGACGAUGCCAGCGCUGCACGAAGAACGGACGAACUUGCCAUUAUGCCGCUCCCCAGAAGAGGCGCCCGAGGAAGAGGACGGACACCAGAGUUGCUGAACUCGAGAGGGAGGUGCGUGCCAUGCGCUCGCUGCUGAAUAAGAGCAAGCAGUCGCCCUCGGCAGGCUCGAAUCAGGGCUCCAUGCACACUGUGGACGAAGAACAGGAGAUAGAGGGGUUUCUCGAGAGGGCGCCCAUACCCCACUUGGGAAUGGAGCCCAACGCAUUCCACGAACCCAUGGAAGAACCUCGCUGGGGUUGCGGACCUGGCGAGAUGGACGGCGAGACGUCUGACACGGGAGAGAGAUCGCCAGACGUGAUCGAGCGCGAUCUGAUUGGAUUGGAGAUGGCGCAGGAGUACUUCGAUCACUACGUCAACAAUAUGAUAGUGCACUGCCCAAUAGUCGCCUUCCGCCCGGAGCAGACAGCCGAGUCUGUUCGCUCGUCGAAGCCAAUACUCUUCCUCACUAUCUUGGCCGCUGCUGCAGGUCAGAAGGACCACAACAUAUAUAUCACUUUGCAUGAAGAACUCCUCCAGGUCUUCGCAGAUCGAUACAUUAUGAAAUCCGACAAAUCGCUCGAGCUCGUGCAAGCGUUCCUGCUGACGUGUAUUUGGCUGUAUCCACCAAAUGACUUCAGAACACUCAAGUUCUACCAGUACGUGCACAUGGCAGCGUCCAUGUCGCUGGAUAUUGGUCAGCCAGAUCUGCCAGGGUUUUUUUCAAAGCACCAAUGGCCGACUGUUGUUGCGGAUAAUUUUGUAAAGCCCCCCGGACAGGAGUCGCAUUCGAACAUGGAAGGCACCAAUCCACCCCCCGCAGACCCUGAGGCGGCUCGACUCCUGCGCCAGGAGCUACUGGUGCUAGAGAGCAAGAGGACGCACCUGGGCUGUUAUUUGAUUUGCGCAAGUGUGUCGAUGUCACUGCGCAGGCCGAAUAUGUUUGCCUUCUCCGCAUUCACCAAGGGAUGCAUUGACUACCUUACCAACUCUCCUUAUGCACUCCCGUCGGACAAACUUCUCAUCGUAUGGUCGAAAAUACAGCACAUUACCGAGGAAAGUGCAGCUGUAUUCGCCUUUGACGACCUGUCUAGCCGCGUAGAGAUGUCUGAUCCGCGGGUGCAGCUGACCCUGAAGGGCUUUGAAAACAGGCUUGAGGAAUUUCGCAAGACUAUAGAUCCUGUACAUCUGUCAGCUACUCUGGAGGUUCACUACUACAUGAACAAAAUCAUACUACAGGAAUAUGCCAUCAUGGUCAAGAAUGUCGAUGGUUUCCAACCGGAGGAGUUGAUUGAUAUCGGGACAAAGGCGAGUCCGAUUUCCAUGGCGAGCGCGAGCGCUAUCAUGACCGUGAUCGAGUCCGCCCAUCUCCUCCUCGACGCCUUCUUUAGCGUACCCGACGAAGUUAUUAGAUCCUACCCCGUUAUCAACUUUGUCCGCAUGUCAUACGGCAUGGUAUUGCUGAUCAAGAUGUACGCCAACGCCAGCCUUCCGGAUUCCGAGCUCGGGAAGAUCCUCGACGCCGAUUCACUCAAGAUAGAUCACUAUCUCCGAAUGGCAGUUACCCGUCUCAAGCGCAUCACCGAAUACCGCGCUGCGAGCAAGUUCCUCCAGAUCGUCCUCAAGGUGGCAAUGUACCACCAGCAGCGCUUAGCCAACGCCAUGCCUCAGACUGGCAAAGGACUAGGAGCGGCCCAACUGAUUGCGCCGCUGCUGAACCUCGUCAUGAACGGCCACGGCAAGCCUACUCUCGAGGAGCAAAAUCAAAGCCCGCCUCAGAAGAAGGGCAAGAGGACUAACGUUGCCGACCGGAACCGUCGCUCCUCUCGACCUGCCUCGGACACCGCUGACGCCACCGAUCCUAACAGGCCCUGGUACCCUGAGUUCUCCGCCGGAGUUGGCCCCUACCUCGCCACUAGCAACACCUCGCCUAGCAACCCCUCACCAUCGUCGGCUCAAGACUCGUCGUACACGCACAACGCGUCGAUAUCGACAGCCACCACCGCCACCACUGAAUUCUCGGGCACCGGCAACGCCGCUGACCUCGCUAAUCAGUGGUUCCCACCCGCGACGGACUUCGGUGGUGGCCUGCUGCCCAAUGAUAUGGAUGUCGACAUCUUUGCCUUCAGCGAGGGCAUGGAGUUCACGACUGAUGACUUGAACACCUUUAUGCCGUUUAUUAGCUCGUCGGUAGAAAUGCAGAUGUUUGAACAGACGAAUGAUUGGUCGAACUGGGGACCGGGUCAGCAGUGAUCGUCUCUGCGGGGAGGUAUUUGUACGAAAUAUACGUGUGUGUUGGGGACGGAUGCACAUAUGGGCCGAUCUAUAUGGGAUGGCACAACUAACUCUACUUUAUGGGACCGGGGGGCGCUGGAAUGUUUUGCUAGUUUUCACAGGUGUUAUUUUAUGACCUUUACGGAUGGGGGAGUUGGGGGAUUAUAAUACCAGGAAGGGGGCUUUGUGUGUGUAUUUGUACAGUAUAGUACGCUCUACUCUAUAUAUUUGGCGGGAGGGCGCCCGGAAGAAUGGGAUCGAGGGCGGAUGGACGGACGGAUAUCAUGCUUCUCUCUUCUUCUCUCCACUCAGACAGACGGACAGAUAGGGAGCGUUUUGCUGCGCGGGGCAGCGGAGAAACCCAUAGAAUUCCCCUCUUUAAUGCGAAGGACGAAGGAACGGCACCGAGUGGUCUUUUUAUUGCUUGUGACUUUGUAGUUUGUUUGGGGUUUAGUGAAGGAAGCUGCGAAUGGGGACAGGUGCGACUGAGCAUAAGUGCCGAUGAAGGCAAAUGCGAACGAGGGCAACUGCGACUGAGGACAAGUGCCAGUGAAGGCAAGCGCGACUGAGGGAAGGUGCGAGUGAGGGCAGGUGCGAAUGAAGGCGGUUGCGAGGGAGGGAAGGUGCCAGUGACGGAAGGUGCGACUGAGGGCGGGUGAGGCAGGUGCGACUGAGAACAAACGCGGAUGAUGGCAACUGCGAAUGAAGGCACGUGCGAGUGAGACCAUGCAUGAAAAACUGUCGCUGAGAGUUUGAGGGUAGCUUCCAUAACUUAUUAAUUAAGCGGGCCCCUUUAACCACCUAUGAAGUGUCACCCCCCUCUGUGUGCACUUCAGACCUUUGCUACCUGUACCCGGACCUUAGGUUUUAGUGCAACAAAUGCAUCUUCGACGUCGAAUCCGUCCUGUAACUCCUUUUCGGGAUUGGUGAAUGACAGUUUGAGCUGGUAUACGAGGAGGGCUAGCGUUAGGCUCAUUUCCAUGUAUGCCAUGCUAGAAUCACCUUGUUAGUGGAUGCAAAUAUAAGGGGAAAUUGGAGGAAUCUCGUCUUGAAGUUGUUACGGACACAGAGUUCCUAUUAGAGGGGUAAGAGGAUCUUACUUUCUGCCUAAGCAUGCUCUGGGACCAAGAGAGAAGGGGGAGAAUGCAGUCUUGUUGCAUUUGAGGGCCGAGUCCUGGAGCCAGCGCUCUGGUUGGAAAGUCUUGGGGUUAUCGAAGUAUUUGGAGUUGAGAUGGAGAGAGAUGUUGCAGACUCCAAUUUCGGUCUAAAGAUACAAAUGAGUCGUUAGCAUCAUAUAUUAGAGAGAGCGAAACGAUGUGAGAGUCGCAGGGGUGUUUUGUUAUGAGAGUUUAGCCUUGACUUACCCCUGGAGGGAAAACGUGGUCCCCAAUCACUAAAUUUCCUGGGCUCCGAUCCACGACCACUCGUGGAAUCAAACCGGGACUUGGAGGACAAAUCCGCAGACCUUCCUCAAUGACAGCAUGUAAAUAUGGAAGACUCUGGAGGCUCUGAUACUUAAUGUCUUCAACGGAGCUAUAUGUCCCACAGACUUCACUGGUCAACUUCUGCAUAGUUUCCGGGUUUGCCAGGAGAUGCCAGAUAAUCACCGUCAACGCAGUUGAGGUUGUAUCAGAACCUGCCACACUAUAAUUCUGUUAGUUAAAAUUCCAAGGCUGGCGAAGAGAUUGGUGGAUCACAGUUAAUACUGGGAGAGGAUGGACAUACAGGAGGAGAAUCGCUUCGCCCAUCAACUCGCGCUGAUCAUACGGCUUUCCAGUUUCCGGUUGUUUCGCGUGGAGAAGGUUGGAAAAGAUGUCGCCGCCUCUCUCACCACCUUCGUCUCCUCUCUGUAUGCGUUCCAUCAUUGCUCCAAUCGCUUUCUGUGUUGUUUGACACCAAUUAAUAUCACUGAACAUGGCUAAGCCGAUCGGAUGGAGGGGGGUAUUGUGACUGAUGUAUAAACAUACCUGAUAGACGUAUUUCCGUUUUACUACAUCUUCCUUCGAGUGAAUAUAAUCCCAGAUGCCUUUUGGCCAUCUGUGCAUAGUUCCCUCCUUAAAAUCAUUUAGUUGUGUGAAUCGCGGCCAAAAGCGGGAAAAACUUACCUUAAGAACCAUCUGAACAGAUUUCUCCAUGCCUUCAAGAAUAAGAUCCCGUUCCUUCUCAUUGUUCAAGGUAUCAAAACAUUUCCCAAAGCACAAAUCAGACAGAAUAUCCAUAGAGAGCGCGCCAAGCAUCGCAUCAAGGUCC